AUGAUAAAAGCAGUAUUUUUCAGCAAAUUUCUUACCCGUGAAGGUCCACGAGUGAUUCAUCAAGUCCCUGAGGGAGCAAUUGUUCCUUCUCCCGGCGCGACGCAGCCCCCCCUCUUCAACUUUUCCAACGUUUCCGAAUACAUAAUUCCUCGGCAGGAAUUCUGCGAUCGCUUGGUGACUGUGUGCGCCAAUCACCACCGUAUCUUAGGCUAUCCCGUAUGGAUAAGCUCGCGCAAGUAUGACCGGAAUCAGCUCAUUUUCAACUUUUCUAUCGUGCUGGAAGAAUCUGCCGAUAUCAGCAGCUACAGAAGUGUAGUGAGGAAGCUUGCGAAGCUCUUCAGGAGUUUAGAGGAGCAAGGAGAAUUCGUUUCAAGGGAUUGUUCAACCAAUGGCCCGGGGGGAGGCGGAAGACUCUACGCCCUUUGUGAGAUGAUAUUGGAGGAUCUGAACAAUUACUGCGAAUGCAUGAUUCCCAUAGACGAGUCAAACACUCUCAAUAUCAAAUUGUUCCCAACAUACCCACCUCCUCCACCGGUCGAGGCAUGGCACGUGCCCCUGUCUACCGUUCGACUCGAGUCGCUGGUGGAUGUCAAUUGGGACUUGACAAUGCGAAGAGUCCUUCCGCAUAUCAACGGCAUCAACUCGGUCGCGUUGAUAGCAGAGCUUGCCGAUUCUGACCUGAGUCUGACGAAGAAAGCGCUUUCCCAUCUCCUUUACUACGGCUGUCUAUUUCUGUUGGAUAUUUUCCAAUUUAGCGCUAUAUAUGCCCCGACUGCGUCAAUUUUAGCUUUAGUAAACGAUCCCAGCAUGCAGGCCGAAUGCGCACGGUACAUUACUGUGCCUCCCCCGGGCCCACUUACCACCAGUCCUGGCGAUACCAGCCUGGACCCUGUCACAAUUAUUGGUCUAUACAUGUCUCUCAAGCAAGGACAGCCCCUCAAGCAUUGGUGCAUGGAGCAUGCAUUGCUUUUGCAUGCCGUUGAUGUUCGUCGCUUCAUCACAUUUGGCAUCAUCAAAGGUUUUCUUUAUCGGGUUCACAAAUACGCUAUUGCCUCGAACCCCGCAGAUGCCACUCCUAUACAACCGGCAUUGGAUCGAGGAUCACAAACCGCUGGACUUGGCGGCCUAGCCCCGGGCGGUGAUCUUCCACUGAAGAAGUUCCUGGAUGGAAGACACUGUUUUGACCAGAUCUGUACCGAACUUCAACUGAGCGAAAGGGAACUCUUGACCAAAUUAAAGGCUUACGGAGACGUGCAAAUUGUUCAUCGCUGA